AUGAUUGAUCAUCACAGUUAUAUACACAACUUAGGCAGUUGUGAAAUUAAAACCUUCACUUGUAUUCUUUACUGGGUUUAUCCAGUCGCAUUAGUCAGACAAUUUGAUACGAUACUGUCCAAACCUCAACCAUUUGCUAACUUAGUAAGCAUUUGAGUCUCCGACAAUCUUCCUUUCAUGUACAUUGAAGUUGAUUUUGCUGGACCAUUUUAUGUGAAGGAAAACAUCAACAACACGCCAGGCUGACAGGCUCAGGAAUAUGGCCAUUUCAAGCAGCGGCUUUUAUAUCCAAGAUGGCGUCGGGCGCCAUUUUUAAUUUUUACAAAUUUAUUUAGAUUUUAGGGUUCUCUUUGAAUUGUGGGAUAUCUGUGGGGUCUGUGAACGAAAGCGGAGGCCAUUUUGGAAGAGUGAAAAUGGAUCUUUCUGUAGCGAUGUUUUUGAGAAGAAUAUGCUUCUGUAAAUUGGUACCGCGCGAGCUGAAAGCUGGAAUCUGGCCCUGUUGACCAGUGUUGAAGCAGAACCAGGUUCAUCCCUAGCUGGAUUAGUACAACUGGGAGAGAGCGUUGCUCGUUGCUUUUGAAAAUGCCAAGGAAGGGUAGGAAGAGAGCAAGAAGCUCCAAGACAAUAGCAAAGGAAAAGUUUCCAAUCAGGGAACUUGCCCGUAGGCAGAAAGUACUCAAAGAGGAAUUUAUUUCAAACUGCAAAGUCUACUUGACAGAAAGUUCAAAGCUGAAAAAGCUGAAAAGAAAGGCAAGGAAAAGUAAAUUUGCUCAUAUGUAUUAUGGUGAUAAAUAACGACUGAUUUUUGCGCAUUUGUUUGAUAAAUGGUGACGGUGUUGAUUUAAUUUAUAUAGGUGUUUAUUAUUUUUUACUGAAGAUAUUAAAUUGGGAACUGUAAAAAUAAACAACAAAAGUUGUGAUCCAAAAUGUGCCUCAGCUUUACUGAAUUCAGUAUCUUUUGUGUUUUUUUCUCAAGAUGCAAAUUGUUUAAAUUUCAGCACAGUCUCAUACAUUGAUGCAUGAAUUUUCUGACUCAAGUUCUUUUCAGGAUUUUGCUAUUCUAUUUAUCUUACAGUAGAAAAUCUAGGACUGUGGAUUAAUUUUAACUAUCCGGCAAAUCUUUCAUAGGUUGAAAGAAUCCAGAAUGAUGUGGAGUUAGUAAAAAAAAGAGUAAUCGAGACUGACAUCGUAAGAAAAAGAAAACUUCUGAAAAGUUGAAGGUUUCCAACCUCCAUAUCAGAAGCCAGCUCCGAAGAAUAUGCAGUUCCUUUUGCAAAAAGGACUUGUCAAAGGCGUACAAGGGAGACCAUCGAUGCCUGUAAUAAAAUCCAUGAUGGUACCAGGAAGAAUAAAAGUCCAAGACUGGAUGCUUUGUGGUUGACUUUAGUUAAGGAAGCCACACCGUUUCAGUUGGGAAAAUACUUUUCCUUAUCUAAGAAAGUAAUGAAGAAAGUUUUACCUAAGGUAGUAAAAGAAAGUAUUCCAACUUUUGAGAAUAGCUUUGACAAUAAAAUUAGAAGCUAAAGAGUAUUGUACAGCAAGGGGUUGGUGAUAAGUUAAUAAAGAUGCUGAAUUGUUGAGUAAGGAGAAAUAUAAAAGUAUUAGGCUCAAUCUUUCCAUGAAUACUCGCAAAAGUGGCAAGAAACUGGAAAGCUUAAAGUUCAUGUCAAGUGUUCGCUUGCCAAAGAUCUUGCCCUAUGAGAAAUUGAUAACUUUUGUCAAAAGCAUUGAUGUUGGAAAUGUUAAUGAUUUCAAAGAUUUUUGCUAUGAUUUAGAUGCAGAUGAAGUUGUGGAAGGGUCAUAUAGAGAGCUACAACCAUUUCUGUUGCAGCUUGCUGAUAUGUAUGUUUGCUUAGAUAAGACCAGUCCAUCCCAGUGUCAUUUUGGAUCUGAACUGUAUCUCUUAAGAGUAGCUCUAGGUGCUGAUGGGGCCCCCUUCGGCAAAGACGAUGAAGCCACUUCUUCGCUUGUAUCAUUCCUCAAUGAAGGUCAGCAAAUUGCAAGUGAAACUGACAACUUUAUUCUUGCAGGAGCAAAUUGUAGUGAAUCUCACCUCUCGAUGCAGCGCUAUGCACGAAAGCUUGUUUCAGAUGUGGGUGACAUAGAGGGUAAGACUUUUUACCUGCCAGUUAGCGAAGCUUCAGCUAAGUUUACUUUCGAGUUAAUCCCCUCUGACAUGAAGUGGGCCUCCACAUUUAGUGGAGAACUAGCAAACUCAGCAUUUUACUUUUCUCCAUUUGGCAAUGUUAACAAUGACAACAAGUCCAUACUUAAUGCCAGUUUGGGUCAAUCUGAACAAUGCCUAUGGAAGCCAUGGGUGUAUGAAGAAAGGCUUCAGGUAGCAACAAAGGUUGAAGCAAAAAGGAAAGAGUUGGGUCAAACAAGACUUGCCGAGUCUACAAAAAGAACUAAGUUGUUGGAUUAUAUAAGAAGUCUAAAGUCCCAGCAAGAAACUACUCCCCUUUUGGGUCCCCUGGUUGACAAGAUUUUUGCNGGAUUUUGGGCAUAG